UCUUAGGCUACUAUUAAUAUCAGAUAUCGCACGUGCUCCCUGAAUGGUCCCCACCUUUAUGGGCUUUAUUUCAAAUCGCUACUUCGUGUGUCACAUAGCGUAGUGCGCAAAACCAAUUAUUCCGUGUCUUAUAUAGAGCGCUUCAUGUAGGGAGUGAUGUGUUUGGGAUUGAUCCACGGCCCGCUGAGCAGACCGCUACUGCGCAGGCGCAGUGCUCGCUACCGCAGCCAGGGGGCGUGAACAUGGCGUCCUGAGCAGGACCACAGAGCCAGAGACUGCACCGUUUCACUGGGCUUUCACAUCAACAAGGACGGAGAGAAGCGGCGUGAGAGAACCGGGUCAGCAAACAGAGCAGAGAAAGUAGGCUUUUUCGUGCAUGUAUGCGUACCAGUAAAGGAUAGACGGGAUUAAACAGCAAAGGUCCACAUCGGUGUAAUUUGCUCAGCGGUUUCUGUUCUUUCUUUCCUCUCGCUAAUUCAAUUUUCAUGCGGCUGCAAAGACCGUCGGUGACGCGAAACAGGUGAGAGCCGAGGCGGCCGCUCCUUAUUUUCGGGAUUUGGGCUGGAAAUGGCGAGCGAGAAGCCGCUCACGGCGCCGCUGGCGGAGAGAGAAGCCACGGGCGCCGCGGACGCGAUGGUGUCCGGCUCGGGCUCCGUGGUUCUGCCGGCUGGCGUCAUCAACCCCGCGGUACCGAUCCGCAACAUCCGCAUGAAGUUCGCCGUGCUGAUUGGCCUCAUCCAGGUCGGCGAGGUCAGCAACCGGGACAUCGUCGAGACCGUGCUGAAUCUGCUUGUUGGUGGUGAGUUUGAUCUGGAAAUGAACUUCAUCAUCCAGGAUGCAGAGAGCAUCACGUGCAUGGUGGAGCUGCUGGAACACUGCGAGGUGACGUGCCAGGCUGAAAUUUGGAGCAUGUUCACAGCCAUCUUACGCAAGAGCGUGCGCAACCUGCAGACCUGCACCGAAGUUGGCCUCAUACAGCAGGUGCUGCAGAAGAUGAGCGCCGUUGACGACAUGAUAGCAGACCUAUUGGUGGAUAUGCUGGGGGUUUUGGCCAGCUACAGUAUAACAGUAAAAGAGCUGAAGCUACUAUUUAGCAUGCUGAGAGGUGAUAAUGGCAUAUGGCCGAGGCACGCGAUAAAGCUGCUGUCUGUCCUGAACCAGAUGCCUCAGCGACAUGGACCAGAUACUUUCUUCAACUUCCCAGGACGCAGUGCAGCGGCCAUUGCUUUGCCUCCCAUUGCUAAGUGGCCUUACCAAAACGGUUUCACUCUCAACACAUGGUUCCGCAUGGACCCUCUGAACAAUAUCAAUGUAGAUAAGGACAAACCCUACCUAUACUGUUUCAGAACGAGCAAAGGCAUUGGAUAUUCUGCCCAUUUUGUUGGGAACUGUUUGAUUGUGACAUCGCUAAAGUCCAAAGGCAAGGGCUUCCAGCACUGCGUGAAAUACGACUUCCAGCCCAGGAAGUGGUACAUGAUCAGCAUUGUGCACAUCUACAACCGCUGGAGAAACAGUGAAAUCCGCUGCUAUGUGAACGGCCAGUUGGUCUCCUAUGGCGACAUGGCCUGGCAUGUCAACACCAAUGAUAGUUAUGAUAAAUGUUUUCUUGGCUCCUCUGAGACAGCUGAUGCCAAUCGGGUUUUCUGUGGUCAGCUUGGGGCUGUGUAUGUGUUCAGCGAGGCACUUAACCCAGCACAGAUCUUCGCCAUUCAUCAGCUGGGACCUGGAUACAAGAGCACCUUUAAGUUUAAAUCAGAGAGUGAUAUCCACUUGGCUGAACACCAUAAGCAGGUGUUGUAUGAUGGGAAGUUGGCCAGCAGCAUUGCCUUCACCUAUAAUGCAAAGGCCACCGAUGCACAACUUUGCCUCGAGUCCUCACCACGGGAAAACGCCUCGAUUUUUGUCCAUUCACCCCAUGCCCUCAUGCUCCAGGACGUAAAGGCCAUAGUCACCCACUCCAUUCACAGUGCUAUCCACUCCAUCGGCGGCAUACAGGUACUGUUCCCGCUCUUCUCUCAGCUUGACUACAGGCAACCCAAUGACAACCCUGUUGAGACCACCGUGUGUGCCACCCUCCUAGCUUUCUUGGUGGAGCUGUUAAAGAGUUCUGUAGCCAUGCAGGAGCAGAUGCUUGGAGGAAAAGGAUUCCUGGUCAUUGGAUACUUGUUAGAAAAGUCGUCCCGUGUGCACAUCACCAGGGCUGUACUGGAGCAGUUCCUCUCCUUUGCUAAGUAUCUAGAUGGCCUGACACAUGGAGCUCCUCUCCUAAAGCAGCUGUGUGACCAUGUCCUGUUCAACGCAGCCAUCUGGAUUCAUACACCUGCAAAGGUUCAGCUCGCUCUGUACACUUACCUGUCAGCUGAGUUCAUUGGCACUGCCACAAUCUACUCCACUAUUCGGCGAGUGGGCACUGUCCUGCAGCUCAUGCACACACUCAAGUACUACUACUGGGCCACCAACCCACUGGAGAGCAGCGGCAUCACUCCUAAAGGCCUUGAUGGUUCUCGGCCCACACAAAAGGAGAUCAUCUCUCUGCGUGCCUUCAUGCUCCUUUUCCUCAAGCAGCUCAUUCUCAAGGACCGUGGUGUGAAAGAGGACGAAUUACAGAGCAUCCUGAACUACUUGUUGACCAUGCAUGAGGAUGAGAAUAUUCAUGAUGUUCUGCAACUUUUGGUUGCUCUGAUGUCUGAACAUCCAGCCUCCAUGAUCCCAGCGUUUGACCAGAGAAAUGGGAUAAGGGUCAUCUAUAAACUCCUAGCUUCAAAGAGUGAAAGCAUUCGGGUACAAGCGCUCAAAGUACUCGGCUACUUUCUCAAACACCUCGGACACAAGAGAAAAGUGGAGAUCAUGCAUACACACAGCCUCUUUACACUCCUGGGAGAGAGAUUAAUGAUGCACACCAACACUGUGACUGUAACAACCUACAACACACUUUAUGAGAUUCUGACAGAGCAGGUGUGCACUCAGGUGGUUCAUAAACCUCACCCAGAGCCUGACUCUACUGUCAAGAUCCAGAACCCCAUGAUUCUAAAGGUGGUGGCGACUCUGCUGAAGAACUCCACGCCCAGCACUGAGCUGAUGGAGGUGCGCCGCCUCUUCCUGUCCGAUAUGAUCAAGCUCUUCAGCAACAGCAGAGAGAACAGGCGGUGUUUGCUGCAAUGUUCAGUGUGGCAGGACUGGAUGUUCUCUCUGGGUUACAUUAACCCCAAGAAUCCAGAAGAACAGAAGAUCACUGAGAUGGUGUACAACAUUUUCCGCAUCCUCCUGUAUCACGCCAUCAAAUACGAAUGGGGAGGCUGGCGUGUGUGGGUGGACACUCUCAGCAUUGCCCACUCCAAGGUGACCUAUGAAGCGCACAAGGAGUAUUUAGCUAAGAUGUACGAGGAAUAUCAGCGACAGGAGGAGGAGAACAUGAAGAAAGGAAAGAAGGGCUCAGUGAGCACCAUCUCGGGUCUGUCGGCACAGCCAGCAUCUGUCAAUGGUGCCUUGGAGACACGUGAGACGGACGACACGUCUCAGACACACACACCAGAGAGCGAGGCUGAGUACACCGAGAACAGUGAGCCACAGAACCUGCUCACAGACGCAAAGGAGCAAGUCCAUGUUCAUGAGCUUCUGGUGGACAUCAAGGCUGAGAAAGUGGAGGCCACUGAGGUGAAACUUGAUGAUCUGGACUUGUCUCCAGAGGCUCUGAGUGGCGGAGGAGGAAUGGAAAACGGCCCAUUAGUGGAGGUGGACUCGCUGCUGGAUGCUGCAUACUGUGUGCACAAGCUCAAUGGAGACUUGGCCACCAAGGAUGAGGAGGAACCAGUCAUGAGGACUAGCGAAAAUGAUGCCAACCUGGGGCCCCUGAUCACGCUGGAUGACGAGAAGGACAUUGCACCCAGCAACAAUGGCUUCCUCUUUCCAAAAAGUGAAGAGAAGUUGCUCCCCUCCCUGGCCACGCCUGAGCCACUGUCUCUAUCUGGCCCAGAGCAGGUGCCUGCUGCACCCACCAUGCCUACCUCUGUACCUGUGUCAAGUGCCAGUGAUGACCUCAGCCUGCUGGCCCACAUGACAUCAUGUGGCUCUGAUCUGGCACCCGAUAAUGACAGCUUUAAGCUGCAAAGCUCGCUGGCUGAUAUCAGCACACUAACAGAGGGCAGUGAGAGUGGCAUAGGGGAGGCAAUAACAGUGAAGAGCGGAGACGCCAUCAGCACUGUGUCAGACACUGAGAGGUCAGAUGAUGGCAAGGACAAAGAGAUGAAAAAGAUCCAAACAACAGCCACGACACAGGCUCUGCACGGGCGCUCAGGCAGUCAGAUGGAGCGGGAUCUGCGGGUUGAUCUUGGUUUCAGAGGUAUGCCCAUGACUGAGGAGCAGCGGCGGCAGUUUAGCCCUGGACCGCGCACCACCAUGUUCCGUAUUCCAGAGUUCAAAUGGUCCCCCAUGCACCAGCGCUUACUCACAGACCUGCUGUUUGCCCUUGAGACAGACGUGCAUGUCUGGAGGAGCCACUCAACUAAAUCAGUCAUGGACUUUGUGAACAGCAACGAGAACAUUAUAUUUGUACACAACACAAUCCACCUCAUUUCUCAGAUGGUCGAUAACAUCAUUAUCGCCUGUGGAGGGAUCCUGCCUCUGCUCUCGGCUGCCACUUCCCCUUCUAGUUCUAAGGUUAGUGCAAACCCUAAGCAGCCCUGGUCUCAGAUUAAGGGCAGUGAAGUGAAGCCCCUGCCAGGGAGCUCCUCCUCAGGGGGAGAGACGGAGCUAGAAAAUGUGGAGGCCACUCAGGGCAUGUCGUCUGAGACAGCUGUGACGUUCCUCAGCAGGUUGAUGGCCAUGGUGGAUGUGCUGGUAUUUGCCAGCUCCCUAAACUUCAGUGAGAUUGAGGCUGAGAAGAACAUGUCCUCCGGAGGCUUGAUGCGACAGUGCCUGCGUCUAGUGUGCUGUGUUGCUGUGAGGAACUGUCUGGAGUGCCGGCAAAGGCAGAGAGAGCGAGGCAACAAGUCGUCACUUCCUAUCAGCAAGACACAAGACAACCUUCAGAGUACAGCUGCCACCAGCAAGAGCGCCAUAGCGAAUGUCCCUCGUAAUCUCUCACCUAUUAAGGACCCUGACAGAUUGCUGCAGGACGUGGACAUCAACCGUCUGAGAGCUGUCGUCUUCAGAGAUGUGGAUGACAGUAAACAGGCUCAGUUCCUGGCCCUGGCUGUAGUUUACUUCAUUUCUGUCCUCAUGGUGUCCAAAUAUCGGGACAUCCUUGAGCCACAGCGGGAAAUUGGCAGGUCCAGCAGCCUAUCAGGAAGGAGCAUACGGCAAGAAAUUAAUUCCCCCACAAGUACAGAAAACCCCUCUUCAUUCUCAGACAGCAGUCGGACUGAGCGCCCAUUGGAGGAUCUGCCCCUGGAGUCGUCACUGCCCCACACUGACUCAGGUAUUGGGGACGAGCAAGUGAGCGGCACCCUCAAUGGCUCUGACCUGGGAAUUGCUGUGUCAGGUGCAGGAGGAGGCCCAGACGCCAUGAGUGAGCUCCUGUGCACACUUUCAGCAGAGGUUCGCAAGUCCCACGAAUCUCUGCUUGAGUCUCCACUCUGUGCGGACCCGCUUAAGCCAGCCACAUCAAUCUCCAGCAUCAGCCAUUCCAGCAAGGGCAUCAAUGUUAAGGAGAUCCUCAAGAGCUUGGUGGCAGCACCAGUGGAAGCCACUGAGAUGGGUCCUGAACCUCAGCCUUACCAUCCUGACCCAGCACUGAAGAGAGAGGCAGCCACCAUGCUGCCCAUGCAGUUCCAUUCUUUUGACAGGAGUGUGGUUGUACCAGUGAAAAAACCUCCACCUGGAAGUCUGGCUGUAAAUACAGUGGGCACACCCACCAGCAGUGCCAUCCCCUUCUCCGGCAGCACACCAAACAUCUUUGCUGCUGCCAGUGUCACACCUAAAAGCAUGAUCAACACAACAGGUGCCACAGACUCUGCCUCGUCCUCCUCUGCCUCAUCCUCCAGCUUUGUGAACGGUGCUACCAGUAAAAACCUUCCUGCUGUGCAGACCGUGGCACCCAUGCCCGAGGACACAGUGGAGAAUAUGAGUGCCUUUUGUGAGGUGGACCCAUGUCCACUGCGAAGUGGGUUGACCCCUGCAGAGCUCAAAUCCUUUAGCUCACUGGCAGGAUUCCACACAGCUCCCAGAGAUGAGGGACAGUUUCUUAGUAUUACCACUAAGUUAGAGCGUGCACUGGAGAAGGUCGCCCCCCUCCUGAGGGAGAUCUUUGUGGACUUUGCACCCUUCUUGUCCAGGACACUUCUCGGUAGCCAUGGGCAAGAGUUGCUGAUUGAAGGUACAGGUCUGGUGUGUAUGAAGUCCAGCACAUCAGUAGUGGAGCUGGUGAUGUUACUGUGUUCACAGGAGUGGCAGAAUUCCAUUCAGAAGAAUGCAGGCCUCGCCUUUAUUGAGCUUAUUAAUGAGGGCAGGCUGUUGUGCCAUGCCAUGAAGGACCACAUUGUACGAGUGGCCAACGAGGCGGAGUUUAUCCUCAACAGACAGAGGGCCGAGGAUGUUCACAAACAUGCAGAGUUUGAGUCCAACUGUGCUCAGUAUGCAGCAGAUCGGAGAGAAGAAGAGAAGAUGUGCGAUCACCUGAUCAGUGCUGCUAAACAUAGAGAUCAUGUGACUGCCAACCAGCUAAAACAGAAGAUCCUCAACAUCUUGACUAAUAAACAUGGAGCAUGGGGUACCAUGGCACAGAGCCAUUUGCUUGAUUUCUGGCGUUUGGACUACUGGGAAGAUGACCUACGCAGGAGGCGAAGAUUUGUUCGCAAUGCAUUUGGCUCCACGCACUCCGAGGUGUCACUCAAAUCACUGGAGGAUUAUGCCCCAGAGGAAGAAGAGGGCAUGAAGUCGAAGAAAACUUUCAGGAGCCAGUCUGUGGUCAGUCAGAAUCCUGAGAUGGAGCUAAUGCUAGAAGGUGAUGACGAUGCUGUCAGUCUGCUGCAGGAGAAGGAAAUCGACAAUCUUGCGGGUCCCGUAGUUCUGAGCACACCAGCCCAGCUGGUCGCUCCUGUGGUCGUUGCCAGAGGGACGCUCUCCAUCACCACCACUGAGAUUUACUUUGAGGUGGAUGAAGACGAUCCCGCUUUCAAAAAGACUGACUCAAAGGUGUGUGUUUCCCCUACAAAAGCUGGACAGUUUGUGAAUGAGGUGUUAGCUUAUUCUGAAGGGCUACAUGGAAAAUGGAUGUUCAGUGAGAUCAGAGCCGUGUUUGCCAGACGUUACUUAUUGCAGAACACGGGCCUGGAGGUCUUCAUGGCAAACAGAACAUCAGUCAUGUUUAAUUUCCCGGACCAGGCUACUGUCAAAAAAGUGGUGUACAGUUUACCAAGAGUGGGAGUUGGCACCAGCUAUGGCCUUCCUCAAGCAAGACGAAUUUCUUUGGCCACCCCUCGCCAGCUCUUCAAGUCCUCUAACAUGACCCAACGCUGGCAGAGGCGGGAGAUCUCUAACUUCGAGUACCUCAUGUUUCUCAACACCAUCGCAGGAAGAACAUAUAAUGACCUUAAUCAAUACCCGGUCUUCCCAUGGGUCCUCACCAACUAUGAGUCUGAGGAGCUUGACCUCACUCUGCCUGGCAACUUCAGGGACCUGUCGAAGCCAAUUGGGGCACUGAAUCCAAAGCGUGCAGCCUUUUAUGCAGAGCGUUAUGAGACAUGGGAGGAGGAUGGAACCCCACCACAUCACUACACAUCCCUCUACUCCACUGCUGCUUCGAUUCUUCUCUGGCUCCACAGAAUAGAACCCUUCACGUCCUUUUACUUGAAUGGAAAUGACAAUAAGUUUGACCAUCCAGAUCGAACAUUCUCCGGCAUCAUGCGCUCCUGGAGGAGCUGCCAGAGGGACACAUCUGAUGUCAAGGAGCUGAUCCCAGAGUUCUAUUACCUGCCUGAGAUGUUUGUGAACAGUAAUGAUUAUGAUCUGGGUUUGAGGGAAGACCAUGUGCCAGUCUGUGAUGUGGAGCUGCCUGCCUGGGCCAAGAAACCAGAGGACUUUGUUCGCAUUAAUAGAAUGGCAUUGGAGAGCGAGUUUGUAUCAUGUCAGCUGCACCAGUGGAUCGAUCUGAUCUUCGGCUACAAGCAGCGAGGGCCCGAGGCAGUGAGAGCUCUUAAUGUAUUCCACUACAUGUCCUAUGAAGGCUCCAUCAAUCUGGACACAAUCACAGACUUGCCGCUUAGAGAGUCCAUAGAGGCUCAGAUCCAGACAUUUGGUCAAGUUCCUUCACAACUUUUAAUUGAGCCUCAUCCUCCUCGCAGCUCGGCUAUGCAUCUGUGUUUCCUUCCUCAGAGUCCACUCAUGUUUAAGGAUCAGAUGCAGCAGGAUGUGAUAAUGGUGCUGAAAUUUCCCUCCAACUCUCCAGUGACUCACGUGGCAGCCAACACACUGCCCCACCUGAGCAUGCCCGCGGCUGUAACAGUCACCUGCAGCCGCCUGUUUGCUGUCAACCGCUGGCACAAUACCGUCGGUCUCAGGGGAGCCCCAGGCUACUCGCUGGAACAGGCUCAUCACCUCCCAAUAGAGAUGGAUCCACUGAUAGCCAAUAACUCUGGAGUGAAUAAACGGCAGAUCACUGACCUGGUUGACCAAAGCAUUCAGAUCAACACACACUGUUUUGUGGUCACUGCUGACAAUCGCUACAUCCUGGUGUGCGGCUUCUGGGACAAGAGUUUCCGAGUCUACUCCACAGAAACAGGUAAACUGACUCAGAUUGUGUUUGGUCACUGGGAUGUGGUGACAUGUUUGGCUCGCUCCGAGUCCUACAUUGGUGGAGACUGCUACAUCGUCUCAGGCUCACGAGACGCCACGCUGCUGCUGUGGUACUGGAGUGGAAGACAUCACAUCAUUGGAGACAAUCCUAACAAUAGCGAUUAUCCUGCACCCAGGGCCGUUCUCACAGGUCAUGAUCAUGAGGUGGUGUGUGUGUCUGUGUGUGCUGAGUUGGGACUAGUCAUCAGUGGAGCCAAAGAGGGUCCAUGCUUGGUACACACCAUUACAGGGGAUCUGCUACGGGCUCUGGAGGGUCCAGAGAACUGUCAGCAGCCACGGCUCAUCUCUGUGUCUAGUGAGGGCCACUGCAUCAUAUACUAUGAGCGAGGCCGCUUCUGCAACUUCAGCAUCAACGGCAAGCUGCUCGCUCAGAUGGAGCUCAACGACUCCACCCGGGCUGUGCUGCUGAGCAGUGAUGGACAGAAUCUGGUGACUGGAGGAGAUAAUGGAGUGGUGGAGGUGUGGCAGGCCUGCGACUUUAAGCAGCUUUACAUUUACCCAGGCUGUGACGCAGGCAUCCGGGCCAUGGAUCUCUCUCAUGACCAGAGAACUUUAAUUACCGGCAUGGCAUCAGGCAGCAUCGUGGCGUUCAACAUUGAUUUCAACCGCUGGCACUAUGAGCAUCAGAACAGAUAUUGAGAGUGAACAGUAGAGAAUAGUGUGAAGAUCGAGAUGGCUGACUGCAGGCUGCUGCCAAAACUUUAGCUGGGAGAACUCCUACUAACCCAUGACCUGUUCGAGGUUUCUGAAAACACCAAACACGUCUCUGUUCUGAGAUAGACUGGACCGUCAGACUUUGUGAAAAGAUUACAAACAUAAGACUUUGUUGUUGUAAGCUAGAAUCUUUAGGAUUGUUUUUCACACCCCACAUAUGACACUAGGUCACAUUAAAGCCCUCUUGUUUGCAAACUGUGAACAUGAAUCAAAAGCCACAACUGUUGUGGACUCGGGGCAGUAUCUCAACCUUAAAGGCAAACUGCUAAAUAAUAAAAUUAACAAAUGCUUUUACUCUAAUUUGAGCAGGUGGGCUAAAGAACCAGGCCUGGGAUACGCACGCACGCACACGUGUGCACACACACACACACACAGACACACACACACUUUGCUCUAGGGCCGGAGUUUACGUCCUUCACUUUUCCCAUAUUGACGGCUCCACCACCUUAAAAAUCUUUAAUGACUUGCUGUAUGUAAAUUAUUGUGUAUUAUUAAUAAAAUGUUGAUGCUUUUGAUGAGAUGAUGGUGGCCUGAGAUCAGAGCAGCCAGGUACACCCUGGGGGUCAUGUCCUAUUUGAAAACGUGCUUCGUUUUCCUCUUUGUAUAUUUGGUAAUUGUUUUGUCAUAUAUGUACAUAACUCAACAGCGUGGGCAGACAGGCAUGUAAGAGGAGGAAAAAAACAACAAGAAAACGAAUUUAAAAAUCCAAUGUAACCCUUUCACUCACACAUUUUCUGAUUAUUUAUGAUAAAAAGAAAAAAAUAAAUGUUGAAGAGUUUUGUAUUGGCACUUUGCACCAAUAACAUAAUUUAUUAGCGGAAUGGUUUUAUUUUUUUCGGUUAGAAACCACCAGUUGUAUGAUUUGUGCAUCGAUGUUUGUUGUAUUUGUUAAAUAUUAAAAACGUGUAAUGAUUCUGUUGUGCCACCGCAGUAAGCAAUAUCAUAACUUCGUAGCUAGGAGAGAAAUAGAAAUCAUAAAGCUUUCGAGGAGAAAAGCUUGGUUUAUAUGAGUAUUAAAAUAUCUAAACACUUCAAUAUGCAGCAGUUUCAUUUUUUCCCCCCUAGCCUCUAAAGAGUAAGAAGAAUAUUUUUGGAUCUACAGUGUAAUACCGAAUUCUAAUAUAACCUUGUUUCCUUGCAAAGGUGUAAAUAAUAACAAAAAAACUCGAACAAAAGAACAAUAAAUUAUGCAAAGAGUUUGUGGAUUUCGCCUUGUUAUUGGCCAUGGACGUGUAUAUGACUGACACAGAGGUGCAUGAGUUAAUGAGCACAGCUGGAUGGGAUUAGAUGAUGGUUAGUACUGUACAUUUGAUACAAUUUGUACCUUUUCUUUCUUUAAUUAUUUUUUAUGGUGGCUUGAUUAUUGCAUAUGUUCAUAAUUUAUUAUGUUGAUUGUUUGUAGAGAGGAAAGGCACAGUUAUUAGUGAAAAAAUAAAGGAAUUUUAAUUUAACUUAUGAACUCCAGCCCCAGCUGCUGAUUCAUGCAUUCACAGCAAAGUGAAUAAAGCAGAAACUAACAGGAGGCAUCUAUUAAGAAUUUCCAAAUUCAUUCAUGCCAAUACGUAAAGAUCAAUAACUGUAAAAUACAAUUGUUUUUCUUUUUGUCGUAUUUUCAAUAAAACCGAACAAAACA